UCACAGCAAUUCUCGGCGCUGACUGAAGUGCUGUUCCGCUUUCUGACGGAGCCCAAGGAGGUAGAAAGGUUUCUGACUCAGCUGUCAGACUUUGCCACCAUGAAUAAAAUCAGCUUGGGCCCCCUGAAGAACAUUGUCAAAAGUAUUCUGCUGGUACCUAACGGUGCCCUGAAGAGGAAUUUGUCUCCCGAACAAGUCAGAGCAGAUUUUAUUGCUCUAGGCCUCAGUGAGGAGAAAGCCAGUUAUUUUGCAGAGCAGUGGAAGGUGAACUCCCCCACCCUGACACGCCUGGCUGUUGGUCAGACGCUGAUGAUUAACCAGCUGAUAGACAUGGAGUGGAAGUUCGGAGUGACUGCUGGGAGCAGUGAACUGGAAAAAGUGGGAAGUAUCUUCUUACAGCUGAAGCUGGUCGUUAAGAAAGGGAGCCAGAUGGAAAACGUAUACAUAGGUGAGUUAACGGUUCGGGAAGAGCUGCAAGUGUUGGAGGAC